GAGACACAUUUCAUUUUUAAACUGUUUAAACUCUUAUUCUUUUUAAACUAACCCACAGAAUUAUAUUUUAUUUCAUUCCUUGCACUAUGUCUUGUUGUCUAAAUGUCUAAAUGUCCGUCAUGCACCAACCGCCAAGUCAAAUUCCUUGUAUGUCUGUCACGAUUCCUGAUUCCUGAUCAUGACGUUAAAUCUUAUUUUUAAAGCCCAAAACUAAAUCUGUCGCUCCCCUUUGAAGCCUCUAAAGUUUCCGCGUACCUGAUCCCACAUUUACAGAAUGUCACCUCUCGUUCCUCUAAAGGCCAGCAGGCCUCACGAGACCGGGCCCCUCCCUCUAGGACAACAACACCGAUUGUUCCCCAAACCGGCCUCAGAGCCCCGACCAAGCGGGUCGAGUCCCCCAGAGGCCCAACAGGUAGAGAGCGCAGGAACCUGGGAGGUCCCAGAGGUCCCUGAGGUCCUGAAUGCAUCGGCCCUUGAAUGCAUCGCCCUGGCUGCGGUCUGGAACCUUCCAAGUGGCUUGAGGAAUGACCUGAUACUGUCACUCGAGGCGUGGUGGAGGAGCUGCCUUGGGUCUGCGGGGGGGGGAAGUGAGAAGAAGCCAACACUGAAUGUGUGAAACACGGAGCCUUCGAUCAAACGAUGACAAAUAGUCCUCUGAGUCCCUUCAGUUUUCACAUGUUUUAGAAACACAUUUCCAAGUGCACAUGAAGUAUAAAGGCCCAGUGCAUGCUGGGAGAAACAGGAGAGCAAGGAACCAAUGACCUGACUGAUAAUCCACCUUGUGAUAGACUCGUUUGAUGAUUCUAACCCGUCUCCUUGGUCGUAUGUGGAGCUGAGUUCUUCAUGGACGACCUCCAGGAUCCUUUCCUGGUGUGCGUUCACCUCAUCGUUGACCCCGGCCAGAGGAAGCCUUUGCAGAGAGCCGCCGACGGCGUUCUGGCGUGGGUUCACCCCGAGCUGCAGCUCCUGCGGGUUUCGGAGCGGGCCUCCUUCUCGGGGCCCAGGCGCCGUCAGAGCGGCGGCCGGCCGGCCCUGGCGGUCAUCGUCUUCCUGCAGGAGGAGCAGGCCCUGAUGCUGCAGCGCGUCCUGCGCAGGCCGCCCUGGCGCUACCACCACACGGAGGAGGUCAGCAACGCCCCCCCGAUGCUGUCGCCCUGCAGUCAGGACUUCUUCACGCUGUCCAGCGGCACGCCACUGUGGGCCGUGCGGCAGAUCAACUGCGGGAAGGAGGUGGCCCGGUUCACCGUGUACUGCCGCCAGGAGAACUACGUCCACAUGGUGCGGCUCUACAAGCUGCUGCUGCAGCGCGGGCCGGCGCAGAGGAAGGAGGACUUCUGCUUUUUCGUGGUGUACUCCAACCCUGAGAUGGAGGUCCAGUUGUCCUUCAAGAGGCUCCCGACGGGCCAGAGGGCCGCUGCGCUGGAGGCAGCGGUGAUGGAGGUCAGGGUGCCGGAUGUUGGGGCACUGGUGCCCCUUCUUCCUCGGCCCUGCUGCCCCAUUAGUGACGUCCGCUGGCGGACGGAGGACUACGAUGGAAACAAGAUCCUGCUGCAGGUCCGAGCGUCUCAUCCCGUCUCUGGUUCGGUCUCGGCUCCCUCCACCUUCCUCCGGAGCUCCGCCUCCGACAGGAACUGCCGGCAUUACCACCGGUCCUCGUCCCGCCCCCGAGUCCAGCACCCCGUGGUCCGCAAGGACCACCAGGAGCAGCAGGACCAGUGUUCCACCUGGAUGCCUGAUGAUAGGGGCCACAGGUCGGGCUCCCUCUCCCCCCGCUCCUCCCGCGGCCCCCUCCACCGGAGCCCCUCCCUCCACCGGAGCCCCUUCCUCGUCCCGCCCUUCCGUCUCAACCUGGACGCUUUGAUUGGGGCGCGGGAGACGGACGUGGACACGGGGGACAUGGUGAACCCGGGGGGCAGCGUGGACCUCAGCGUGGUCUCCGCCUGUUUCAAACCCGCCCCCCCAGCUGGAGAGAUGGGGGCCUUCCCUCCGUGGGGGAGCAUCCCAACAUGCCCCGCCUGCACCUCGUUGGGGGGGGUUCCUACUCCCUCUCCGAGCGAUGGCUCCUCCCACCAGUCGGACUGCUGCAGCGUCAUCAGCGCGCGGGUGGAGGAGCAGGAGGAGCAGGAACAGGAGGGGGAACAGGAGCAGGGGGAGCGGGAGGAGGAUCAGGAGCAGGGGGAGCAGGAGGAGGAUCAGGAGCAGGGGGAGCAGGAGGAGGAGGAGGAGCAGCAGGAGGAGGAGCAGGAGGAGAAGGAGUUCUACAUCUGAUGCUUCUUCCUGUGUUUGUGUCUCGGAGGUUAAAUGCCUGGAGGAGCAGUACGCGUCUCCUAAAGGUUCACACCUCCUUCUCCUUUUAAGGCGUCAUUAUUGUACUGAGAGAAUGUAAAAAACAAAGAACACGUAAAAAAGGGGAAGAUUCUUUAACUUUUCUCUACUGAAAUGACUCUGAAAAGUCUUGAGUUUUUUUACAUCAUAUUUUCAGUUUGAUUAUUGGAUCGAAUCCAAAGAGGCGGAGCCUCAGUCAUGGUGGGAGGAGGCGAGGCUUUGCUUAGCGGUUAGCUGUAGCAGUUAGCAUUUAGCUAAUAAAAAGUUAUUACCUUUUUUCAAAUACAACCAGUUGAACAAGUUGAAAUAUUAACAUUCAACUGGGAAAUAUAAUAGCACCAAAUAAAGAUAAUUUGCUUUACCUGCAGGUCAAAAGGAGGAACAGGAUUUAGUAUUUAACACAUUACUUGUCAUUUAUUUAUUUAUUUGAUGAGAAAGUAAGAAAUUUCAACUGUCUAAUUAAUAACCAAAUCAAACGCAUAGUAUAAAAAAGGGAAUACAAAAUAACAAAUAAAUGAAAUAUAACUGCAGUGUUCUGGUAGUAAUGUCUUGUGUUAUAAUGCAACAUAAAUACCUUCAUCUCACAUUACACUGGAAUCCACCUGUAAAAUGAUCACCUCUAACUUUAAGGGACAAAACAUCUGUUUGUCUGUUUCUUCUUCAGUGAAACCUCCGACAAAUCUGGAAGUGUCAAUGACCAAAUAAUCACGUUCAUUACGUACAAACUUAUUGUUAAAUGUACGAAUUAAAAAUAUGCUUAAUUAAUGAGGUGGUUUGUGCAUCUGGUAAGGAAGCCCCCCCCCCCCC